AUGCAGGAUGCAUAUAACCUUUUUCAAGAAUACAAGAAAGCUGAUGCACAAAAAAAAGAGGCUGAAGAGCUGCUUGCGACAGAGAGUGAUCCAGACAUGAUUGCUCUUGCCAAAGAGCAACUUGCUGCUGCGCAGCAAGAUCUUCCUAGAAUUGAAGAAGACCUGAAAGUAGCUCUCAUUCCUAAAGAUCCAAAUGACGACAAAGAUAUUUUCCUAGAAAUUAGACCUGCUGCUUGA